UUUAGGACGGCAGAUAUGUUAUUUUCACCGUCUAGUAAGGAAGACUCGAUCUUCAUUUACAUUGGGUGCCAUCUGUUGCCUUUCCCCAUCUUUUCAUUGUCUAAUCUUCUACCCCAUCAACAUUCAUCAUUAUCGAAACUUCUUCCUCCUCUUGCCAUUUCUGGAGUUCUUCCACAUUGAAAUGGUGAUCUCUGUUUGGUUUUUGUGUUGUGUUUCUUAUAUAUCUUAAGUAUGAUGCUUUGACCAGAUUUCCUUUUGUUUUGGGUUCCUUCAAAUUUCCCUGCUGGUUGAUUGUUAAACUUGUUUCAAUCUUUUAAUGCCAAUACCCUAUAUUUGGGUGAAGGAUUUGCUUGCCCUUGUUGGCCUAUUUAUUUUUGUGUUUGUGGGUUCUUUGGUUUUGUCUGGAAGAUACAAUUUGGGAUGGAGGAAACCAAAGUAACAGACACCCAUUUGACAUCUGCGGCGGCGUUCGUGGAAGGAGGCGUGCAGGAUGCCUGUGAUGAUGCUUGCAGCAUCUGCCUGGAAGCUUUUACCGACAACGAUCCUGCCACUGUUACCAGCUGUAAACAUGAGUACCAUUUGCAGUGUAUACUUGAAUGGUCCCAAAGAAGCAAGGAAUGCCCUAUGUGUUGGAGGAUCUUGAGUUUGAAGGAUCCUGCAAGCCAAGAAUUGCUUGCAGCAGUAGAGCAAGAGAGGAAUAUAAGAUUAAGCCGGUCUCCGAAUUCUCCUAUGUUUGCCCGGAAUUCUCUUGACGAAAUAGAAUUUCACCAUGUUCCAGCUUAUACAGAUGACUCUGAUUUUGAGGAAAGGCUAAUGCAGCAUUUGGCAGCUGCUGCAAUGGGCAGAGGUCAUUUCAGCAGAAGGGAAAGUCUACGGCAUAGAUCAUCUGGCCAAGGUCAUCCACAAUUUUUAGUGUUUUCUACUCAUACUCCACCUCCUGCCUCUCCUAGUAAUGCAGAAGCUCAGAAUGGAACCGUUUCAGCAACUACUGCAGUUGACUCUGCUACACCAGUUACCCCUGUCAUGAGGGAUGGGCAGUUAGAGCAUGGCCCUUUGCCAUCCACACCGGUGCAGAUGAGUUCACGUACAAACAGGAAUACUAAUGUUGCAGCCCGAAUUGUUGACAAUAGAAGUGAAACCUUUCCACAGAGGAAUGUCCCAGGACAGCACUCUCCUGAAAAUCAACAGAGAGCUCGGCCUUCCGAGUUCCAGUCCUUCUCAGAGUCGCUCAAGUCUCGAUUUUCUGCUGUUUCCUCCAGGUACAAGGAAUCAAUAUCAAGGGGUACACGAGGCUUUAGGGAGAAGUUGUUUGCACGUAAUAAUGCAGUAGCUGAACUUGGCAGAGAAGUUCAACGAGAAGUUAGUGCUGGGAUUGCAGGUGUUACACGAAUAAUGGAACGUCUUGAUCCUUCUGGUAAAAAUAAUGAAGUGACUGCCCCUGUUUCUGAUAGUAUGGAGGGAAGCUCAGCUGGAAUACCAGUUGGACAUGGCACUGAAGAGCACCAGGGUUCUGCAUCUUCAGAAUGCAGCAGUGGAUCAAGCUCAUGUGGCACUAGUUCGGGUAUAAGCACCAAUGGUCCACAGAUUGUGAGUGAUAAAUCAGAUAGUUGCAUUGAUGAGGCCUCUGUGAAGCAGGAUAUAGAAGAUAGCAGUGGAGGCGAAGCCAGUGUGCAACAUACUGCUACUGCUACUGCUACUGCUACUGUUAUCUCCCCCGUAUCAUGAAAAUAGCACACACAGAGAAAAGGGAAACACUGUUUCCCUUAUUUAAAAAAAAUACCUUAUGUAUAUUCACAAUGAGCUGAAGAAGUGAUCCUGAUGGCUACAGCUCAAAAUUCAUUAUAAUUGUUGUAUAGCUUGUUCAAACAGUUGGGAUUCCUCAUCCUUUAAGUGGUAUAUCUCAAGUGUAAGCAAACUUUGAUCAUCCUUUUCUUUCUAUUGGGAGUCGACUCUUAGAAUGGAGUGUAACAAAUCACAGAAGUGGUGUUUCUCUGAAGUGAUUAUCACCAGAAACUGGUUUUGCUAGCAGUGUCUUUGCAUUACUACUUUAAUGAUGGUAUUAAGGUGUAAGAAACAACCCUGAAGAGGAAAAUGUGUGACAAAUGCCUUGUAAGGUCUAAUUCUAGAAAAAUGAACUUUUGCCGUGUAUAGAUUUUUCAGGACUGUCUUCAAAAGACAAUUGUGGCGCUAUUAUCUUUAUGGAUAAGGAAAUAAUAAAUACCAACAUGAUUUGCAUAUUA